GCGGUUGCUGUCGACUUUGGAAAGUGUGAGUUCAUCGGUCUAGUGCGUUUUCUUUACUUGAGCCGUGUCUGUGUGGAACUGAGAGGGCUUUCAGCAGCGGGAGGCGACGAGGCAAAUCUCCAGUAUAAACUGGAAAAAUGGCAUCGAAAGGAAGGGCUUUACGAGGAGUUAUUAAAGACUACCCAAACUUUGAUGCAAAUCAUGAUGCAGAGCUGCUUCGAAAAGCAAUGAAAGGACUGGGUACUGAUGAAAGUGCCAUUAUUUCCAUCUUAACUACCAGGAGCAGCAAUCAGCGUAUAAAAAUCUCUCUUCAAUACAAAACUCUUUUUGGCAGGGAUCUCAUUGAGGAUCUAAAAUCUGAGUUGGGUGGGAAGUUUGAAAAAGUGAUUGUUGGGCUUAUGAAGACUCCUCUCCAGUAUGACGUCUCUGAAUUGCACAAUGCAAUUAAGGGUGCUGGAACUGAUGAAAAAUGCUUGAUAGAAAUUCUUGCCUCCAGAACCAACCAGGAACUUAAAGCAAUCAUUCAGGCUUAUAAGGAAGAAUAUGGCAAAGAUUUGGAAGAAUGUAUUAUCAGUGACACUUCUGGACAUUUCCAAAAGAUUUUGGUGAUUCUACUACAGGCCAGCAGAGAUGAGAGCACAACAUAUGAUGAAGCAACAGUUAAAAAAGAUGCACAGGAACUGUUUCAAGCUGGAGAACUGAAGUGUGGUACUGAUGAGUCAAUGUUCCUCUCCAUCAUAGGGAGUAAGAGUGUUCAUCAUCUUCGACAAGUUUUUAAAGAGUACAUGAAAAUCUCAGGAUACCAAAUAGAAGAAAGCGUUUCUUCUGAGACAUCUGGAAAUUUAAGGAGUGCCCUGCUAGCUGUUGUGAAGUGUAUAAGAAGUGUUCCGGAGUAUUUUGCUGAAACACUCUACAAUGCCAUGAAGGGAAGUGGCACGGAUGAUGAUACACUUAUCAGGAUUAUGAUUUCAAGGAGUGAAGUUGACCUGUUGGAUAUUCGUAAGGUAUUCUAUGACAACUAUGGACGAACUCUCCACAGUAUGAUCAAGAGUGACACUUCAGGUGAUUACAGAAAUGUCCUCCUAAGCAUCUGUGGUGGUGAAGAUAAUUAAAAUUCUUUUUGAAGUAAUACAUUCCAUCGACAGUAUUAAUGCUUUGUCCUGUUAAUUGCUUAUCCAAAUACAAUUGUAGUGCAAAUACUUUAAUGAAUUAUAGCUUGCAAAGCAUGUUAAAAUGUAUAUAAUCUCAAAGUUCCUAAAAAAAAAUGCUUUAUUGGAUUUUUGCAGCAAGAAUAUUGCAAAUAAGUUUAAGCUGAAUCCAGUAAUUAAUACAGUAACUAAUUUAAAAACCUUUUUAUUGUUUGUAAUAGUAUUUCUGUGAAAUGAAAUUGAUAGCUAUCAAGUUGCUCUAAGUGCCUUUUAAGGCAAAUAAGUUCCAAUGUGAGGUGGGGAAUUGCUACAUAUUAUUAGACUAGUAAUCCAGAGACAUGAAUUCACAUCCCAGUUUCAAUUUGAUCAACAAUAAAAAGGCAAUAAAUCUACCAGAUUUGUAUUAAAAUUCAUCUGGUUUAUUAUUAUCCUUUUGUGGAAGGAAAUUUGCCAUCGUUAUCUGUCUGGCCUACAAUGACUCCAGACAUGCAGCAAUGUGGUUAAUCCUUACCUGACCUAGCAAUGGGCAAGGAAGCCCAUUCAGUUCUGGAGAAAGUAGGAAUAGGCAAUAAUUCUGGCCUUGCCACCAAUGCCCAAGUCCAAUUUAUAGAGAUUUUUCAUUGCACUCUCUCUGGGAAGAUGGGGAUUUCAUUGCGCACAUUGAGUUAUGGAGAUUAGUUAGUAUUCAGUACUAAGCCAGCUUUUUUCUGUACGAGCAAUGGACCAAGAUGUGUUUUUUGUUUGUUUUACAAAAAAAAAUUCUAUUGUAUGUGUUUGCAUCUGGAAGGCCAUUGGAUAAUAUUUCUAUUAGGGGUUGCUAUGAGGAUCACUGCAUAAAUGGGUGGUUGGAUCAUUGAGGGAAGUUGUUGAUUUAUGUAAAAUCAUUGAUGAUGACGUCAGUCUUAAUUGGUAAUGUACAAGGAACCCUUUGUUUUACUGGGAACAUUUCAAAGCUUCUAACUAAUAGUUCAUAUGCUACUGCAUUGUUUCAAUUAAUGUUUAAGGGAUUAAUACAUCAUAAGAGAUGUCUUAAUCCCUUAGUUAUUACAGUUUAUCAUUAUAAUUGUGUUUACACAGCUGAAUCAAGCUAUUGCCAUAAAAGAACAGCUUAUGUCUACCUAUUGCUUUUACUAUACAAUGUAAAUCUAACAAAUAAAUCAUUGGAAA